CAUUCGAUAACCAGCAUCAUACCAAUCAAAAUGAAGUGCGUGAUCGUGUUGUGUUUGAUCGGGAGUUCUUUGGCUGAGCUGCCUCGUUUUACGCCAGCGAGGUUCAGGUUCCAGCGCCAAGAAUUAGCUCCGACGACAACGGAAACACCCACGGAAUCCACGACAGACGUGACCGCACCCUACCCACCAUCUGGUUGGAGACCAUCGGGAGAACCUUUCACGCUUCCAGAUCAGACCGAUGCCACUCCCACUGAUUCAUACGGCCCUCCUGCUCCAUAUCCACCUUCAGGAUGGAAGCCAGCGGGACAGGCUUUCACACUACCUCAAGAGCAGACUACAAGUACACCUGACAGCACUUACGGGCCGCCCGAUGCACCCUAUCCACCAUCAGGGUGGAAACCAUCAGGAGAACCCUUCGCUCUGCCUCAAGAAACCACACCUGACAACACUUACGGCCCACCGGAUAAUACUUAUGGCCCUCCUGAAGCCAAUACCGAAAAGUUGGACGGACCAGUAGAAGUGCAACGAAGUAUUGGUACGUACUACGUAUUGCUUCCGAACGGUCAACUGCAGCGAGUGGAAUUUCUGACAGAGAACGACAUUCAGAAUAUGAAAUACACGGCAAGGUUGGAACUGCGUGAUCGUGCACCGCUUUACGUCUUUGGACCUUAAAUUAACAAAAAUACCAAUAAAUAAUUGUUAAGUAAAA